AUGGACUCUAUGGACAUUGAUACUCCUGGUCAAAGUAACAGAAGUGAAUCUCCUCGCCUUCUGCUGAGGCCAGUAAGGCCAUUGGAAUCUGGUUUAGGUUUACCUUAUGCUCCUGAAAAUUGGCCUAGCCCUGGUGAUACUUGGCGUUGGAAAGUAGGACCUAGAAUAACCGGUAAAGGCACCUUUGUGGAUAGGUAUUUAUAUCCUCCUAAGCAUCUUCCAGGUUUAUCUACUGAACUAUCGAGGAAAAGUAACGCGUUUAGGAGCAGGUCAUCGCUUGAACGUUACAUUCGUCUUACUUUCCCUAAAGCAGAUGUUCGCAAGUUCUUUGCUUCUUUCAGCUGGACUAUACCCAGCACAGAUGGUCAGGUUCAGAAACAGUGCAUAUUGCCAGUGUAUAGCUCAGAUGAAGAGCAAAUGCAUGAGAACGGAUCUGAUAUUGUGGUUUGUAAGGCUGGUAAUGACAAAUGCGGGAGCCUGAUGCCACCGACUGAAAUUGAACGUUUACCUUCAAUGCCUUGUGACAUUUGCUGUAGUGAAUCUAAUUUCUGCUCUGAUUGCUGUUGCAUCCUUUGCUGCAAAUCAAUAAGCUUAGAGCAUGAAGGUUAUAGCUAUAUCAAAUGUGAAGCCGUGGUUUCCGAGGGUCAUAUAUGUGGACAUGUUGCUCAUGUGAACUGUGCUCUUCGAGCUUACAUGGCUGGAACCAUUGGAGGCAGCAUUGGGUUGGAUGCUGAAUACUACUGCAGGCGAUGUGACGCUAAAAAGGACUUAGUUCCACAUGUUAACAGGUUCCUGGAAAUAUGUCAGACUGUAGAAUAUCAAGGUGAUGUGGAGAAGAUCUUGAAUCUUGGUAUUUGUAUCCUUCGAGGCUCACAAAGAGACAAUGCUAAGGAAUUGCUGAAUUGUAUUGAAUCAACACUCAUCAAGCUUAAAUGUGGCACGAGCUUGGAAAAUCUUUGGAAUGAUGAUACGCCAACUAUAUGGUCAGAUUUCCCUGACAGUGGCGUUUUGGUUGUAGAUUUAUCUGACUGUGGAGAAGCUAAAGACAAUGAUACAUUGCAAAGUCUACAAGACGUGACACCAAUCAGUCCCAUGCCAUUCAAUUAUGAGGCUGACAUGCACAAAUUUGAGGAAGAUAUCCGUGAGGCUCUAAAAGCGCUGAGAAAUGCUCAGGAAUCUGAGUACCAAAUUGCAGAAGGCAAACUUAAUGCUCAGAAAGAAUGUCUUGAUGAUCUGUAUAGGCAACUUGAGAAGGAGAAGUCAGAGCUAUCGAGGCGUGUAUCAGGUACAGAUGCAGAUAGCUUGAUGACUAACGUGUUGAAGAGAUUGGAUCAGAUAAGAAAAGAAGUCGCAAAGCUUAAGGAAAUGGAAGAAGUGGCUAAGGGAUUUGGUAGGACGCCUAGAGGAAUUCUUGAAGAGUACUUUCAUCUAAGAAUCGAGGAGUAA